CAGUAUGCUAUUCUCUCGAAGGAAACCUGUAACGUCGGUAGAAGGAACACAGGGUAAAUACGUGAAACGAGAGAGCCCACCAACAGUUCCGUCACUGGCAGCAACUGCUGUGAGCAGAACUCGAAGAAGUCCUAUUGCCGCCUCGACACUGAUUUUGUCAUCCGUACCCCCACCACCAACAAGUACACCACCGCCUGAAAUUCAGAUGUAUCAUUCGGAAAAUCCAAGUGUCGAAGAAGCCGAUGAUCUGGAUGAUAUUGAGCAUCAAGAAGACUUUUUCGAUCUGAAUGAUUUGAAGGAAAUGGAAUUUGAAAGACUUCAUUCAAGAUCUACGGCUAGUGAAAACGAUGUCUACACGGAGCCAUCCGACGAGCCGUCUACUUCAUUUGGAGCACGAAACAACUACGUACUCUCUUCAAGAAGCUUCAACAGAGGAGCACUGCGGUAUGUUCCAAGGAAGUCACUGACAGCCUCACACUCGAUUGGUAAUGUAGAACAGGGCACACGGGAACUCAGCGUGAUUGAAAAAAGGCUGGCUUCCCCUCAACCGCCAAGAUUCCAAUCGCUUCAAACUCUUCCCAGUGAACAUUUGAUGACAAUUCAACAAUAUCGAUCUUCUUGUGACUGUUCAAGUGAUAUUCCACUGCCGGAAAACUGGGCUGUAGAAUUCACCACAGAAAACCAGCCAUACUACGUUGAUCAUGCCAACCGGCGAACUCAUUGGGUUCAUCCUUUUGUUCAUGAAAGUCUCAAGCCUGGAUGGAAGAAGUUUUUCGAUCCGGAGAAGGGAGUUUUUUACUAUCAUGAAGAAAUGAAGAGAACACAAUACGAGCACCCUGGUAUAUCAAAUCCAAUUUUUCGAACGGAAUCUGUAAAUGUUGCUAGCCGCUCCCAAGUGGAUUUGAAUGCCAAUCUGCACAUUAUAGAGGAGAAAGAACUGCCACCCUGGCUACUGAUGUAUGCUCAAUCGGAUUCGUCGCUGGACCACCUGUUAGAGUGGGAUUUGUUCAAUUUCGAGCAGCUGACGGAAUACGAACACCUGAUGAUGAAGCUUUACAAACAAGAAGUGUUCGAUAUUGUGAAAAAAUAUGAGAAGAAGCGAAAUGUUUUGAACCGAGAGAUUCAUCGACGGGAUGUCUCAAGACCGCCCCCUGCGAGGAUCAACGAGAAUUGAAAACAAUGAAACAUUUCGAUUUUAGUCUUGCAUUUGUUUUUUUUUUGCCAAUUUGUGUGUUGGGAUGUAGUAAGCUGCAGGUUUUUUUUGAAUGCUCAUUAAUAGUUCAGUUGUGUAAAAUUGUAAAUUUCCAGAGAAUAAAUUGAUUUUGUUUG